ACGUAGCAAACUAGCUGAACACAAGAUGGCUGAAAAUCCAAGUGCAAAAGAUAUUCAGUUAGUUUUCAAACGUUUAAAGCAUUGUGCAACAAAUAAGACAUGUUUUGAUUGUGGACAUCAGAAUCCUACAUGGGCCUCGGUGACUUAUGGAGUUUUUUUAUGCAUCGAUUGUUCAGCCGUACAUAGAUCUCUUGGGGUUCAUUUGAGUUUUAUUCGUUCAACCCAGUUGGACACAAACUGGACAUGGAUACAGCUUCGACAUAUGCAAUGUGGUGGCAAUGCCAAAGCAACUGCAUUCUUUAGACAACAUAAUUUAAAUACCAAUGAUGCAAUGGCAAAAUAUAACAGCCGUGUUGCCAAGAUGUAUAAAGAAAAACUUUCCUCUCUAGCUCAAAAAGCUCACAAACAAAAUGGAACACAGGUCUUAAUAGACACAGGCAAUCCAGCACAUGAUAGUGCACAUACCCCUGAGAAGAAAGAUGUAGAUUUCUUUCAUGAGAUUACUACUGCCACUACAUCAAUCACAGCCAGUGAACCACUCACAACAAAUGGCACAAAACGACUCAAUGGAGCAACACCUCCACCUGCCGUUGAAAAUGAUGUUACAGGUGCAGUUGAUCAAAUUGAGAAGGAUGCAAGUCGGUUAAGUAUCUCACCCCCAAAACAUCAAGAACCUCGUGUGUCAACAAUCGGAGGAAGGAAAGCUGGCAAGAAGUCUGCAGGCAAAAAAGGAAAACUGGGUGCUACCAAGGUCAAAACAGAUUUCAGUGCAUUGGAAACAGAAGUGAAUAAAGCCGCUGAGAAACAGGCUAAAUCAGAGGAAGUAAAAGCAUUUGAAGAGACUGGCGCAAUCUCUGGUAAUCUUGCUUAUAAACCUAAAAACUUGAAGAAGGAGGAGGAGAAAUUACGUCAUUCUGAUCCAAAGAAAGCUGCCCAACUUGAGCGAUUAGGAAUGGGGUUUGGAUCUGGCAAAGAACCCAGUCAUCUCUCACAUUCCGCCUCGGCCGGACUCUCCACAGUUGAGCAAGUUAAUCCAACAUCUAGCUCACGACAAAAGUCUGUUUUGGACAGAUACAACGAUAAAACGGAUGAUUAUUUUGAUGGUUUUGGUUCUGGAAGUUUGAAUAUUCAUGAUUCACCUCCAAGUUAUUCUCUUGAUGAAUUUUUGGAGACCGGAAAACCAAAGCCUAAAGACAGCUACAGAUCUGAUGACAGUAGUUACAGAAGUACUGCAAGGAAGAAUUACAGCUCUGCAGCUGCAGCUGAGGGCGAUGGGGCUCAAAAGAAGUUUGGUAAUGCUAAAUCAAUCUCAUCUGAUCAAUUUUUUGGCGGCAAAUCAGAUACGUCAUAUGACACUCAAGUUAAGCUUGAUAGAUUGUCUGGGGCAUCAGCGAUAUCGAGCGCUGAUCUAUUUGGGGAACAGCAACGUGCAGGCCAAAGAGGGGGAUCAUAUCAAUCACCAGACAUGUACCAAUUGCGCGAAGGACUCGGACGAAUGACUGAAAAGAUCAGUAAUGUAGCAUCUGGCGUUUUAUCCACUAUACAGGACCGUUAUAACUCUGGUUACAAUGGUUAACCCAAUAUUCAAAUCUUCAUAUAUUCAAAUUCAUGCCGCGGGGAGUCGCGUGAAAUCCAGACGAUGUCAAAUGCAGUUUUGAAAUUUUGAAAGAGGGUUUUGACUAGUUCGAAUAGUGCAACUAAUAUAUUAUUCCGCUCUGGAAGUAGAUAGGCAAGCCCCCAAAUUUAACCACGCUUGUAUAUGCCAUAUGGUGCAGAGGGCUGCCGUUCGUAUGAUCCCGCUUGCCUGAAUAGUUUUUGGUGUAGAGAUAAAAAUACAAAAGUGGGAUGAGAAAUGAGCGAGAUUAUACGAAUAAGCUCUAAGCCUUUUAACUGCUUCAGAACUAGUUGUGAACCCAAUGUUGCACUGAUAUGGUACUGAACAUUUUUUGUCAAGUGCGGUGGCGAUGAUCAGAUACUGAUAUACUGAUGAAUUAACAUGAAAAUUACAUGAAAAUUUCAUGAAGGGUUUUGAGUUGGCGUUCAAUUGAUUUUAAAGAGAAAUGUAUUUUAGCUAGCAUAUCAUCUGAAAUUAAUAAAUCUACAAAUUC